UCUUCCAGUUUCAUCCAAAGAGGGUUUUGCGAAGAACGGUUCCAGCACUUAUAAUGGCGGAGAAACAGUUGAUCGUGGUCGUCGAAGGUACUGCUGCCAUGGGUCCCUUCUGGCACACCAUUUUCACUGAUUACCUUGAGAAGAUCAUCAGGUGCUUUUGUGGCAAUGAAUUGGCAGGGCAGAAGCUUUCUGGUGCAAAUUUUGAGCUCUCAAUGGUCAUGUUUAGUGCUCAUGGGCCAUUUAGUGAUUGUUUGGUACGACGGAGUGGCUGGACAAAAAGCAUGGAUGUUUUCUUACAGUGGCUCUCAGCUAUACCAUUUACUGGUGGCGGUUUCUCUGAUGCAGCAAUUGGUGAAGGGCUUUCUGAAGCUCUAAUGAUGUUCUCUACGGAUGGAAGCCAAACAAAGCAAAAUUUGGAUGCACAAAGGCAUUGCAUCCUUGUAGCUGCCAGUAACCCAUAUCCCCUGCCCACACCAGUGUAUCGACCACCAAUCCAGAAUAUGGAUCAGAGUGAUAACAUUGAAGUGACAACAGAAAGCUGUCUUGCUGAUGCUGAGACAGUUGCUAAAUCAUUCUCACAGUGCUCUGUCUCACUCUCGGUCAUUUCUCCAAAACAGCUUCCAAAACUUAGAAUGAUAUAUAAUGCGGGAAAGCGUAAUCCACGGGCAGCAGAUCCAUCUGUCGAUAAUGUUAAAAAUCCUUAUUUUCUUGUUCUGCUGGCGGAGAGUUUCAUGGAGGCUCGAGCUGCUCUAAGUCGCCCUGGAAUAACAAAUUUAGCAUCAAAUCAAAGUCCAGUAAAAAUGGAUACAUCUUCAAUUCCUGCAGUUUCAGGUCCUUCAACCCCAGCCCCUUCAGUUAAUGGAUCACUAAUGAACCGUCAACCACUUCCUGUUGGGAAUAUUCCCACUGCAACUGUAAAAGUGGAGCCAAACACUGCAACUACCAUGGUGCCGGGACCUGCUUUUUCACAUAUUCCCUCUGUUUCUCAAGGUGUUCCAAGCUUGCAGACUUCUUCGCCGUCUUCCACUUCUCAAGAGGUUAUUGCAAAUGGCAGCGACAGUGUUCAGGAAUUCAAACCUAUGGUUACUGGCAUUUCACAACCGCUACGUCCUGUGGGUCCUGCUGCAGCAAACGUGAGCAUUCUUAACAACCUCUCUCAAGCAAGACAGGUCAUGAAUUCUGCCUCUCUAACUGGAGGAAGUUCCAUAGGACUACCAACAAUUGGGGGAAAUCCAAUGGCUGUGCAUAUGUCAAACAUGAUAUCCAGUGGGAUGGCAUCAUCUGCUUUACCGGCUGCUCAAAAUGUAUUCUCAUCUGGGCAAUCAGGUAUCACGUCAUUAACUGGAUCUGGGGCAUUAAUGGGAACUGCACAGGUUGCACAGAAUGCAGCCCUUGGUUCAUUUACUUCAGCAAAUUCAAAUAUAUCUGGAAACUCAAACCUAGGCAUUUCACAACCGUUGACUAAUCUUCAAGGCGCUGUUAGCAUGGGUCAAUCAGUACCUAGCCUGAACCAAGGAAAUUCUUCAGGAACACAAAUGGGACAAAAUGGAAUUGGCAUGAACCAAAACAUAAUGAACAGCAUGGGUCCCUCGGGUGUUUCAUCUGGAGCUGGUACGAUGAUUCCCACUCCUGGAAUGACUUCGCAAGUACAGAGUGGGAUACAGACUAUUGGUGCGGUGAAUAAUUCUGCGGCUAACAUGCCUUUGCCCCAACAAACAUCAGGUGCCCAGCCAUCACAAACCAAAUAUGUAAAAGUAUGGGAGGGAGCAUUAUCUGGACAGAGGCAAGGACAACCCGUAUUUAUCACUAAACUUGAAGGCUACAGGAAUGCAACAGCAUCUGAGAACAUUGCAGCGGACUGGCCCAAUACAAUGCAAAUAGUUCGUCUUAUUUCCCAGGACCACAUGAAUAACAAGCAGUAUGUGGGCAAGGCAGAUUUCCUAGUCUUUCGGGCAUUGAAUCAGCAUGGAUUUCUUGGACAACUGCAAGAAAAGAAACUGUGUGCAGUCAUCCAACUACCUUCUCAAACUUUAUUGCUGUCAGUUUCUGACAAAGCCUGCCGCUUGAUUGGAAUGCUUUUCCCGGGGGAUAUGGUCGUCUUCAAGCCUCAAAUUUCAAGUCAGCAGCAGCACCAGCUGCAACAACAACAAUUACAGCAACAACAAUUACAACAUCAGCAGCAAUUACAACAUCAGCAGCAUCCACAUUUGCAACAACAGCACCUACAACUACAACAGCAACAGCACCCACAGUUGCAACAACAGCAGCAUACGCAGCUGCAACAACAGUCACAGCAGCAGCAGCAGCAGCAAAUGGUUGGUGCAGGAAUGGGUCAACCAUAUAUUCAAGGACCAGGCAGGUCACAAUUAUUAACCCAGGGACAGGUAUCAUCUCAAGGCCCGCAAAACAUGCCUGGAGGAGGGUUUUUAAGUUAAUGAAGCUGAUGUGCAAUAAACAGCUCUGUUAACGCUUGAC